ACAACUUGUGCUGUGAUGGCUCAGUGAAUACUGUUUGGUUAGCACCUGAAUUCCAGCUGCCUUACUUUAGAGGCGAGAGUGCCUCACUGCCAAGCUUUAGUUUAGUUUAUCAUUUUUCCUCAUUUUGCCUUUGCAGAAAGUCAUCAUACGAGUUAUCUAUUUCUGUGUAACAAGCUAACCUACACCUCAGUGGCUUAAAAUUAUGAACUGGGCUGUGAACUGUACUCUCUUUGACCUGUGAGAUUUUUGGAGGCUCCUUGAAUCUUGUUCAAACAUGAACCUGGCAAACUCCAUGUUCUAAUUCAAAUCUUCCUGACUGAACUCAGUGGAACUCCAGCUAAGGAAUUAAGUUGUCUCGUGGCCUCUCUAUGUGCUCUCUUCAAAAGAACUGGUUUGUGCUUCCUCCUCACAACAUGGCAGGCUGAGGACAAUUAAAACUGCUCCAGUGCAAGUAUUUCUGCUUCCAAGACAGCAGCCACAUCAAAUUUCAUGACAUGGCCUCAGAAGUCACGCAGCAUCUCUUCUGCCACAUUCCAUGGCUUACAAAAGGGGCUUCUUUUGACGUGGUUUCUGAAAGUAUGAAUGGAAGAGCAGUGCCCAAUCCCAGAUUCUUCUCUGGAGGAAGUGGUACUUUGCAGCAAAGAAGAAAAAGGAGACAACUGGCUGGUCCAGGAAGAAUUUUUAAAACCACAGAAGCAAAAGCCCAGGUCACUUUCUGCCUUCAAGCACACCCUGUUCCUUCACAAGGAAAAGAGAAGCCCACAGAGCAACAUUUACUCAUAAAGUCUCUAUUCAGCUCUCCUUGCUUGUUUUUGACACAGGGUUCAGCUAACUGGUGCCCACAUAGUGCAGACCAGCGGGGGAAGUGGGGUUUGCUGCGGAGAAUAGCAAAAAGACCUGCUCUUCCAGAAUGCGGGGGAAAACUGCAUUAUUUCUGGAGGAGUGGCCCGGAACACAGUGGGGACUCUCUUCCCUAUUUUCCCCUUUGGAUUGGAGACUGCCCACCUGCCCAUUCCUGCCUGGGACACCCUUCCUCGCAAGGGGCUUCCUCGGGGGGAAAUGGGGCGUCUGCCUUCACGUCAUUUGAAUGGGCUGUUUUUGGGUGGCUUUCAUGGUACAGCGAUUCCUACCUGAGAAGGAGACAAGUGAGCCACUUUCUAGCUGCUCAGGGUGAAAAUUUUGGAAACAUCCUUAACUCCUUUCUUCCUCACGUCCCACUUCCAGUCCACCAGCAUAUCGUGUUGGCUCCCCAUUCAAAAGUUAAUCCGUAUUUAUAACGAUCUAAAUCACAAGAUGUACUCAGUAUCUGUAACUAUCUAUGGUUCCACAAGAGACAGAACCAGUAGGAGAUUUAUUGCCAGGAACCGGCUUUGACAGUUGCAGGGGCUGGUUAGGUGAGUCUGAAAUCUGUAGGGUGGGCCAUCAGGAAGGGCAGGAGGGAACUCUCAGGCAUGAGCCGAAACUGCUGUCCACAGGUAAAUCUUCUUCUUCAUCAAGGAACCCUUAGCUCUGCCCACAAGGCUUUUCAGCUGAUUGAAUCAGGCCCACCCUGAAUCUAGGAUAAGUUCCCUGACUUAAAGUCAACAAAUUAGGGCUUCCCUGGUGGCGCAGUGGUUA